AUGAACUGGUCAAAAGGAGCAACUAGCAUAGAAGCAGAUGCGGUCGCUGAAGGUUUUAAAAAAAGUGUAGAAAUGCAUGGGUUAAAAUAUAAUAAAUUAAUUGGAGAUGGAGAUUCUAGUGUUACUAGAAGGCUACAAGAGGUAAUGCCAUACGGUCCAAAUUUUUUUAUUGAAAAAAUUGAGUGCCGUAACCAUUUAUUACGGAAUUAUGGCACAAAAUUGACAGGAAUAAUAAAAAAUACGAAAUAUCCAAUUUCAAUUAGGAACCAUAUAAAAAAAAAUCCCUUACGAUUUCGAAAUGCCAUAACUAAGGCCAUGGAUUACCGCAGCAGGUUGCAAUAUGAGACAAAAGAAGAGAAAAUAUUUGGUUUACGAAAAGAUAUCACAAAUAGUUUUCGACAUAUUCUUGGUUACCAUAGAUUAUGUGAACCGUAUUUUUGCAAUGGUCCUAAGCCAAACGAAAUCAAUUAUAUUGACGAAGCUCUGACUACUGGUUUGUUAGAAGAAUUUAUUCAAAUAGUAAACCGCUUAGCAAAUAAUGCUGAAAGUUUAUUGAUGAACGUUGACAAUAAUAUUUGUGAACAAUUUAAUAGCAUCAUAAAUAAACACCUUUCCGGCAAACGAAUAAAUUUUUCACAAAGACAUAAUUACAAUGUCCGAGUAGAAGCAGCUUUACUAUCUCACAACACAUCUGGAAAAUACAUACGUACUAUUCAUAAAGCAUUAGUUCAAGAUAAAAGUCCUGGAGAUGUUGGUAAAAAGUUCUUAAUUUCAAAAGAAAAGAAAAAUGAUCAGAGAAGAAGACGUAUGUUAUUUAAUGAAAAUGUACCUAGAAACACUAAACAUUACGGUCCGGACGCUGAUUAUGGGUUAGCCGAACCUCUAGAAAACGACGAACCCUUUGACUAUGACGAAAUUAAACUUAAAUUUUUAAACACAUUAUGUAUGAAUAUGUAUCAGCGAAAUACUUUAGAAGAAGAAACUCGAAGUCAAUCAAAUUCUAAGAAGUGGCACAUAGAAAGACGAAAGAGAUUAACUGCCUCAAAUUUUGGACGCGUAUGCAAAAAAAGAGCCACUACAUCAUGUAAAAAUCUGGUAUAUGAUUUAGUAUACAGAACUUUUAGUUCAAAGGCUACGGAAUAUGGGAAAGCAAUGGAAUCUUCGGCAAUUGCAGAUUUCGAAAAAACUAUGUUUUUAAAAGUUAAGCCAUGUGGUUUAUACUGCGAUUUAGAAUACCCAUUUUUGGGAGCCAGUCCAGAUGGAGUGAUUGAUGAUGACACUAUUAUUGAAGUUAAAUGUCCAAUAUCAGCUAAGGAUUAUAAUAAUUUUAUUGAUGCUUUCAAUGACAAAAAG